AUGGUUCAUCGUAUUGCGUUUUGGAGUUGCUUCGGCCUCGCCGUCCGCUUCUGGCAAGUCGGCAUCGAGAUGCGCCCCUUCUUCAACAAGGGCUCGCUGUGGGCGUACCCCGUGUACGCGGCCGGCGGCGCGAGCUUCGGGUACUGGCUGCAGGGCGUGGACGACCGGCAGCGGGCGGUGCUGGACGAGCGCAAGAGGGCGCUGCUGGAGAAGAGGGCGCGGAAGGCGCAGCGGGAUGCGGAGAGGCAGGGGGCUUGA